AUGCGAUCCAAGCCUUCAAGUAGUUUACUGACUCUGGAAGAUAUGAUUCUCCCCACUACAUUGACUGUGAAGGAGGUUGUGGAGGACAUGAUCAAACAGAGUCAUUGUGUGAACGACGAAAGCGACAUAAACAAUGUGAGUAUCUUGUUUUACGUUAAAUCUCGUACAUUACUUUACUUUCCUUAGUUAUAUCUCAUCAGAUUGGCGCGGCUCCAAUCCAUAUGGGGUUUAAUUCUCGGGUGGCCAGGGUCCAGAUGUAUGUUCAGAACGGGAACGUGAUCAAGGCUGUCCUCAAACAACCCAUCAGUCAGUAUUCCAAGGAUCUCUACAAGCCAGAAGAAAACAGUUUUACCAAGAAUCUCUGUUUUUUCCACAAUCAGGAGAUCUUCGUAUACAGGAACAUCGCGCCAAAAAUGGAUUUUAUCAGAUUCCCAAAGAUGUUAUCGGCCAAAGAAAGCGAUGUCAGAACAGGACAGCAUGGAUACAUUCUCCUUGAGGAUCUCGGGGAUUUCGGGAAAACGAAUAAAGUAAUCGAGGGAAUGGAUUUCCAAAAAGUAAGUCAUCCUUUUUGGCAUAGUGUCCUUUGAUUGCUACAGUAAUCUCAAGUUUAAAAUCUGUAGUGUGCAAAUGUGGUGACGUCAUUGGCCCAAUUCCACGCCUAUUCCCAUGUUCUGAAUCGGAAGGAGAAUAUCUUUGAGAAGAUGAAGUGUGCAGUCCCUUCCAUCGACCUGAUCCCCUUCGAUCUCUUUAUCCGUUUAGUCUCUUUUGAUCGCAGCUUUUUUCAGUGCGAAGAAGUGAUCCGGAAAUGGAUGAAAGACUACAAGUCCAUGCCUCAGAAUGUGCAUCUAAAAUACGGUAUGCUUAUUUUAGAUAUACAGGGUAGUCGACCCGAAACUUUAUAUAUUUUUCCGCCAAUAAUGCACCACCAAUUUCUAUAAAAUUAAAGCUGGCACACAUUUCUUGUCCACCAAAUAUGGCGCUGUUAUGUCCACGGAGGAUACCGUACUCACACUUGACAUUUUCAUUCCAAAUUUUGGAACCCGAAAUCGAUGAAACUUACAAAUUGUUAGAAAAUUUUGCAAUGAUUUUCAAUUGAUUGUGAGUUUCUCUUCAGAUUUGGCAAUUUUUUGGAUUUGCGGCUAAAAAAGUCACCAAAUCCUCCGAAGAAAUUUUAAAAAAAUUCUCGUUUACGCCUGUACCAAGUACAACAUAUUUCAAUCAGGCGAGGUAGCAUGUCGGACGGAUGGGUACGAAAGCUGUUUGCUCGGGCAAUAUACGCCGAAAAGCUUGCAUCUUCAGAAAUCAUUGCAAAACUUUUCUAACAAUAAAUUUCACCGAUUUCGGGCUCCAAAAUUGGAAUGAAAAUUUCAAAGGUCAGUACAGGUGCCCCAGUGAACCUAGACCCCCCAUACUGGCUGGACAAAAAAUGGGGUGUGUGAGCUUUAAUUUGAUACAAAUGGUAUAGAAAUUGAUGCAUUAUUGGCGGAGAGAUACCUGAAACAAUGGUGAAAGUUUCGAGUAUCCGUAAGUAAUCUUUUUAGGGUAUCCAGCAGUCUUGGCCCAUGGGGAUCUGUGGACCGAUAAUAUUCUUUUGCAUGGGGAUAAAGUAGUCAGUAUUCUGGAUUGGCAAUGCUCUCACAUCAGUAAGGCCCAUAUUACAUAUUUCUGAUAGGACUUGCUGAUUAAUUUCAGGUACCGGCCUGAAUGAUUUGGCCAAGUUUUUGUUUGUUUCUGCUCGUUCAGAUGUGUUCCGAGAUCACAUCCACGAUCUUUUUAUUAUUUACCACAACACUUUCCAUCAGACGUUGACCAAAAAUGGAUGCAGCUUCUCAUUUACACUCGAUCAGGUAUGCCUUGGUCAACUUUCAUUAAUCUUUUUAGCAAGUGGAGAUGUUCAAGUACCAGGCCCCCUUUGAGUUUCUGUUUUGCAUCCUGAUCUUCCCUUCUUUGGGAGAAAGAGCAACCAAAAAGGAAAAGGAAGAGCUGAAAGAACGGUUAAAAAACGCCUACAAUUACAUUAGGCAGAGAACUGAGUAA